GCAGUGAAACAUCCCGUCAAUAAUUCUAUUCUCAGCGCGCUUCGAUAUCAAGCACAUCCGAUGAUCCGUUACAAGAGACAGAGAAAGGGAUUCACACUUUGGGACGAAUAAAGCACUACUCAUCGAAUUUACAAUCAUCGAACCAACAUCGAAUUAAAAUUCACUGUGCGUUUUAUUGUCCCAACAAAAUAUAUGGAAUGCAAACGAAAGAGAGAAUAAAAAACAACAACAUGUUUUGUUAGCUAGACAAAAGCACUUGUUAUCAUCAGCACAUAUUCAUACGAGCGAAAAAUAUUAGUUCGACUGUUGUGAAUAGAGACUGUGUUUCCCCUACGUAUUUUUAGCGUCACUUAAACACACAACUGGAAUGUGUAUACCAAAAACGUGAUACGAUUGAGUGAAUACAAUUCGCUUGAAUUCGAACUAAAAAUAUUCUUUUUUAUUCGCACAAAAUGCUCGCAAUGCAAAGGACAGGCAAAUAGAAAGCAAGAGAGAGAGAGAUAGAGAGAGUGUGUGUGAGAGGGGGAAAAAUACAAGAGUCCCGAUUGAGAAAUUUUGAUUUCGAGCAACACGAACAACGGCCAUUGAUUAUGUUAUUUUUAUAUAGAAUUCGAAACGAUACCGGCACUAAACCGCUACGCAUCAACACGUUCAUCAUUUUGUUUUUUCUCUCUCGCUUCCUAUUGACAUACGAAUAAGAGAAAAACAUUUCCCACGCUGACAAUCCACACGUUGCUUUCGGCACAAGUGAUUCGGCAAGCAGAAAAAAAAAUAGCAACCGAAUCAUUCCAACAGAACAAUCUGAACAGAAUAAACAAAGCACUUUUCGGUUUGUUGGGUGAAUAGCAAACGGAAAACGUCGUGCUGUUUGCAAGCGAGUCAAAGCGUUGAGCAUAGAACAAUCGUUGCGACAGAGUUAUGAUAGAAAACAUAACAAUAAAUAAAUCGAAAGUGGACGCGACUGUUGAGAGUGAGAGAUGUUUCAUUCAAUGCGCCCGAUUCACAAUUUGAAUGUCACAUAAAUUUAUUUUUAAAUUCAUGAAUGUGAAUGGAGUUUGUUGGUGCGGUUGCUGUUGUUGUGUUUUGAGUUGAUUUGCUUUGCUUUGGGCCGGUUUCUUUGGUUUAGACAGCUUAUUCGUCAUCUUCGCAGUUCAUUUGAUGCACCUCGCAUCAAGCUCAUCGCAAAUCAGUGUGGCUCUCAAUUUCGUGAAAGUGAAAUGUGAGUGACGACGAACAACAAGAAGAUCGCGAUAGCGUGAGCUACACCGCAUUACAUCACAAAUCACAUUCAGUUUUCAGUUGGUGCUAAACCAUUCAAGUGCUAACCAUUUCUAUUCAGUCUUCCGUCCGAGUCGUUUGUUUGUUUUUCUGUUCAGUGUUCGUAUCCUAAAUCAAUUUCCAUCGGAAAUGGUCAUCGAGUUGUCAGUUUCAGGCGAAACGCAUAAACCAUAUUUGCUUUGUUACGGUGCUUGAGUGAAUUUGAAUUGGGUUGGGCAAUUUUAUGCAUUCGAAGCAAAGAAAUUUUCGAUGAUAUCUCUACUGCCAAGAAAAACAAACACAAAUCGUUCCACAAUCGUGCUGACAGAAGUGAAAACAUAAAUUUAUUGCUUCGAUUCAUUUAUUCAGUUUUAGUUUUUCAUUCUUCGUAAUAAAUAAUUCAAAUUGUGCGGAACUUUUGCUGAAAUUAUUCAUGAACUGUUCAGCAAGAAAUUUUGACGUAUCAAAAGAGAAAAUCGGUGUGGUUUUAAUAACGUGCUAGAAAGAAUUAUGUCGAUGAAGUGUGAAUUUUGUGGUGAAUCAGCGGCGUUGAAAUGUGCUGGGUGUCGGCUAGUUUUUUACUGUAGUCAACAGCAUCAGAAAUCGGAUUGGAAACGGGGCCAUAAAUCGAAAUGCAAAUGUUACGAGAUAGCAGAAUGUGAUACGUUUGGUCGUUUUAUGCGAGCAAUUCGUACUAUCAAAGCCGGUGAUGUGAUUCUACGCGAAAAACCGUUGAUAUUUGGACCGAAAAUAAUUAGCGCACCGAUCUGUUUGGGUUGCAAUCGUUUUGUAGAACCGCAGGAUAUUCGAGUCAAUCAAACAGCGCCAGCAUCGUCGUCGUCCAAUCGAAAUCGCAAUCCAAAGCCAAAAGUGAAAACAGUACGAAAUUUUUACAAAUGUUCGACGUGCAAGUGGCCGUUGUGCAGUCGGGAAUGUGAAAAAUCACCAGCACACUUGGAUGAGUGCCAGUUGAUGGCGGAAAAGAAAUUUCAAUGCAGUAUCGAUUACAAUGCGCAAGAUGAAAAUCGAAAGGAAUCCGCUUACUGUGCAAUUUUGCCGCUAAGAUGUUUGCUGCAGAAGAAGAACACUAAAGAUGGAUUUCAGAAAUUCUAUCAAUUGCAAGGCCAUUUGAAGGAGCGCAUCCGAACGCCCAUGUACAGUGUGCUACGAUCCAACCUAAUCACAUUCUUCAAAACAAUUUUAUCGCUUGACGAAUUCGAUGAAAUGACUAUACUGAAAACGGCUGCUAUCUUGGAUACGAAUGCAUUUGAGGUUCGUUCCGUCGACGGAUGCAGCAAAAUCCGUGCCAUUUAUGCUGAAACAGCAAUGAUGUCGCAUGACUGCGUGCCAAAUAGCUAUCAUACAUUUGACGAAAAUAUGCAAAUUACCAUUCGAGCUGCAAUUGAAAUAAAAAAAGGUGACGUGAUUUCACUGUCAUACUGUCAACCAUUGCAUUGCACUCUCCAGAGACGCAUUUAUUUGCGACACAGCAAAUGCUUCGAUUGUUUGUGUCAACGGUGCCGGGAUCCAACCGAAUGCGAUACGUUCAUCGGGUCGUUAGUAUGCCAACGCUGUAGGUCGGCCAAAUUGUUGCCAGACAAUCCAUUUGACGAUAAAUCGGACUGGAAUUGCACGGAAUGCUCAUUUCAAGUGACCGCCACCAAUUUUCAAUUCAUCCAAAGUCGACUUCAAUUUGCCAUCGAGAAUCUUUGCAAGCAAUCACCGUAUGAUUUUGAAACAUUUCUGGAGAAAUACUGCUAUCGACCCCGUCCAAGAAACAAAACCAAUGGCAAUGCCAACGAAGAUGAUUUGAAUGCGGAAAUUUUGCUGCACGAGCACAAUACGUUUGUUCUGCAAAUCAAAUAUGCAUUAACGCAAUUAUAUGGCAAUGUUAGCGGUUUCCUUUGGCACGAAAUUGGCGAUACGGACUUAGCACGCAAAAUCUUUUUAUGUCGAGAAUUACUAGAAGUGGCGAAAAUACUUGAACCAGGACAAAGUAUUUUCCGGGGAAAAUUACUUGUUGAUUUGCAGGAAGCGCUUUAUGUACAAACGGAGCGGCAAUUAAGUAAUCGAGACAUUUCGUCUGUGGUGGCUCAUGAACGUUUCAACGAGCAACUACUGCUGCUGAAUGAGGCGAAGAGCAUUUUUGAAACGGAUGCUACCAUGAAACCAACCAUUGAGCAACGUUUUGAACAAAUAAAAAAGACAUGUAUUUAGAAUAAAAUUUCAUUUCAUCGAGCUUUCUUUUAAUUGGUCUGGUAAUUUCAAAAUUAAAGAAUGGAAACAGCAAACCAUUAAGUUAUACGAAAUAAAUAAAAAAGGAGAGUACUUGAAA